AUGAGACCGGUCCGUCGUUCCCGAAGGGGAGAGCUGUUGACCUCCGAAGAGGCUGUACCCGCGAAGAUCCCCCAUUGGACAAUCGUCAAGCCUCGGACUGGUGACGGCGAUGCUGUCCGUUUCCGGGCCGUCGCUUCCAUCGCCUAUCGACCUGAGAGCAAUGGAGCAUAG